AUGAAGUUCUCCGCUGUCUUCGUCGGCGCCUUCGCCGCCCUUGCUGCCGCCCAGGGCUCGCAGAUCACCAGCGCCGCCUCUUCAGCCCUCUCGGCCGCCAGCUCUGGUGCUUCCAGCGUCGCCUCGAGCGUCACCGACCGCUCCUCGCGCUCCAGCUCUGCCAGCGCCGGUAGCAGCGUCACCUCUUCGGGCGCUUCCUCCACCUCGUCCAGCCAGGCCAGCUCCACUGGCGACCGCGACCGCGACUCUGACAGCUCUGCUACUUCCAACUCGGUCUACACCUCGACCCUCUUCUACCAGUACCCCAACACCUUCCACAAGCCCGUCUCCCCCACUCUUCUCGGCAGCAAGGUCGUCACCGUCACCGAGGGCCAAUCUCCUACCUACACUCUUCCUUCGGGCGCUUCCACCUUUGCCGUCACUGUCAGCAACGUCACCACCACCUACACUUCUACCAACACAUUCCACGGUGCCGUCUCCAAGUCAUGGCUCGUUACCGCCAGCUACGAGACCACCAUGGGUCUCCCCACCUCCACUUCGUCCGAGGGCUCUGCUGCCAAGGUCGGUGCUGGCGCUUUCGGCGCUUUCGCUCUCGGUGUCGCUGCUCUCCUGUAA